AUGACUUCGACAACUUUAAUGACAUUCCUUCUCUGUACCAAUCCGCAGGUCAAGUCAGUCAAACUGCUAGGCUCAUGGGACAAUUUCUCCAAGCCCUACCUCAUGGAGCGAGACAGACGUGUUGGUCCGGGUCAGUGGAAGGGGUGUCAUACCUUCGCCAACAUCGUGUGCGAUGGUUCGCCGGCCCACAUGAUUCCAGCACGUUCUGGUGGACUGAAGAUGGGAGGUACCUACUGGUAUUAUUAUCUGCUGGACAAUGAUGUGGAGUACUACAACGAGGCAGAACCUAUUACCACCCAUUGUCCAUUUCUUCCAGGCCAGCCGGUCAAUGUUCUCAAUGUGCCUGUUAUUCUUCCAGAUGCCGUCCCCGCACAUACCCACUCAAGAAACCCAAGUGCGCAAAGCGUGGUUCCUCAAACCAUGAACCCGGAUGAUAAGUACCUCAACCCUCGACGACCGCCCAAGCCUAGACCAACGCUUCCGCGCCUCCGAACGUCUCCUCCGUUGUUGGAGCAGCCAACCCCAGCCUGGUCCUUCAGCACUUCUCCGUUGGGAAUCAUCACCAACAGGAGCGCUUCGCAGCCCAGUAGUGCAACCCCGAAGGUCAGGGUCAACGAAGGACCCAGGGGUCCAGUGUUCAAGACCGCUCGGUCUGUAUCCCCUCCAAGAUCGAGAGGACUCCUCGCCGCAUUUCGACAGUGGAAUGUUUCGUCUCCUGAUCUUGGAGACCAUCAUGGACCAGAGAUUACCAGACCUAGUCCAGACCGGGGGCCGUUAGAUUCAAAUCCUCAUGUACCUACUGGCCGUUUCGAUACCAGUAUUCAUCCGAACAUUGUCAUCAAUCGCCCGCCUUCCACCGGCUACGAUCAGUCUUAUAAUCAAAGAGCCUACACAGGCCAUCACUUGACCCCGGCCGCUGCUGGUGAUCGCCAGUCAGUGCCCUCGAGUAUCCAUGAAAAGUCUAAAAAUCCCGCGGAGCAGCCAUUCGUUGCUGAACAAGCAACACCACGCGCAAAAGCACGCGAUUUGAAACAAACGAAUGCGGUCGAAAGAUCACUCUGGGAAUCUUCUGCUUUGCUAGCGACGUCCAUCGGAUUUACGACAGCUGAGGAUCUGGCCAUGACGCCAAGGCCCUCUGUUACCAGGGAGAAGCGGCUGCCGACACUGCCGAACUCUCCAUCCUCGGUCAUGGACGAGGCGUUGCGCGAGAUUGAUGCUCGAGGAAAGGCUUUUGAUACGGAGGCUAUGGUUAGCCACUUCUCCGAUUUCACUGAUACGGAUUCUGUGGCAGGUAGCUCGGUGUGUGAACGAAGCCAUUUUUCUGAAUGGAGUACCGAUACAGAACUUCUUUCUCCGGAGUCUAUGACAUGUUCAGCCCCAUUCAACCAAGACGUACCAGCUCUUCCCGACACCUACGUUUCAGGGUACGCCGAUUACCUGAAGACAUCAGUCGCAGGAGAGAUGAGUGACCCGGAUACACCUCACCUCACGGUGAAUUCCAAGUCUACAGCUACCUCCGUUGCAGGGGAUUCGCCUCUUCUUGAUCUUCCGCUCCCCCGUCUUUCCAUCUCGCUAUCGCCGUCCGAUCUCAGUUUGUCUGACCUGUGCAUCAACGAUGAGGAGGAUUGCGUGGAGAGUAACCCCAAGCGGCAUGCAGCGUUCUUCGGAGGAGUUGAGUCUAUUCAAGGCCUUGGCCUUCUACACAGCCCCGACCCUACUGUAGUGGGCUUUCCAGAGCAUCUCAAGGAUGAGAUAGAGCUCUUGCAGGAGGAAAGGCGUGCUGUAUCAGAUCCGGUCAAUAACCGACUGAGCAGAGCGUCCCUAUUGGGACAAUCUGCCGCCAUGCGGGAAAUGAUGACUGAGCUCAGUUACCUCAAAGGUAUGAUUGAGUCAGGAGCCAGUGCGGAGAUAUAA